GUGUCUGAAACCAAAAUGCCUGUGCCCUUGCUGCAAGAGAAGAAUGGAAAAGAGAAGCUGAAGAAGAUGCCCCUAUACUUUGAAGAAGACAUCCGCCCUGAAAUGAAAGAGGACAUCUAUGACCCCACCUACCAGGAUGAGGUGGGCCCCCCUCCGAAGCUGGAGUACGUGUGGAGAAACAUCAUCCUCAUGGCUCUGCUGCACCUGGGAGCCCUGUAUGGGAUUACACUGCUUCCUGCCUGCAAGGCCUACACCUGGCUCUGGGCUUUUCUGUGCUAUGUAAUCAGUAUCCUGGGCAUCACAGCAGGGGUGCAUCGCCUGUGGAGCCACCGGACUUACAAAGCACGGCUGCCUCUCAGGAUCUUCCUCAUCAUUGCCAACACCAUGGCAUUCCAGAAUGAUGUAUAUGAAUGGGCCCGAGAUCACCGCGCCCACCACAAGUUCUCAGAAACUCAUGCUGAUCCUCACAAUUCUCGUCGUGGCUUUUUCUUCUGUCACAUGGGUUGGCUGCUUGUGCGCAAACACCGAGCUGUCAAAGAGAAGGGUGAUUUGCUAGACCUAUCUGACCUCAAAGCGGAGAAACUGGUGAUGUUCCAGAGGAGGUACUACAAGCCUAGUCUCCUGUUGAUGUGCUUCAUCCUGCCCACACUAGUUCCCUGGUAUUGUUGGGGUGAAACUAUUCGACACAGCUUGUAUGUUGCUACUUUCCUGAGAUACGCUGUAGUGCUCCAUGUGACCUGGCUGGUGAACAGCGUUGCCCACCUCUAUGGAUAUCGCCCUUUUGACAAGAACAUUGAUGCCCGUGAAAAUGUCCUGGUUUCAUUGGGAUCUCUGGGUAAGUCAGCAGUGUCAACGUGACCACAUUCAGUAUUCAGUUAAGCGCUGGAAAUGCCAUCUGAGUCUGUGAGACAUUUUGUGUCUGAGAUUUUUCGCCACAAAACUAGUAGUUACCAAAUGGGGAUAACCUUG